GAACAACCCAAAGGGUGUCAAGUGUGGCUGGCAAUUAUGUUAUCACAGUCGAGCAGGAUACUUCAGUUUCAAAUAACAAUUACUCAUUUUAUGAGUACUUUAGGGUUGAUUACAAUCAGAUUCAGAACUUCUGGUACACCACGAUGAUCAAACCCAUUGAUCGUGAUGGCCCGACAUCUAGCUUGAAUGAUGAUGUCAAUGUCCUGCAGUUCCGAUUUCUCUGUAAACCUCCUAACCAGUCUAUCAUAUACAGUGUCUUGAGGAUACAGAUAACAGAUAAAAACGACAACUAUCCAGAGUUUGUGAGGCAGCCUUACACUACAAGCAUAAGUGAGCUGACUCCGGUGGGACAGAUCUUCUACAGUUCCAUUUCAGCCGUUGAUAAGGAUGAAGCUGAAAAUAGGCAGAUUGUCUACUACCUCACUGACACACCAGGAGCUAUG